CCAGAAAAUAAAACACAGUCGUUUUUAGGCUUCAGAAUUAUCAAUGCCACAGCGUGAGCGUUGAAUUGGUUCAAGUCUUUGAUAAGGAUUAAACUACAACAAAUGUUUAUGUUGUUUACACGUACUUCUACUUCAGACUUAAGUACAGUUUUUAGAUGUUUGUGUUAGUGUUGGCAAGAUGAAUCAAUCUCGUUCACAUUCUACUCAAUAAUAUUGAGUCUAAUUUUCCAGCAUCGACAACAUCUCGAUUUCGACUUCGAGUUGCUUAAGCUUGCUCAGAGAGAAGUAAAAUCUACUCAUUGUAACGAAACUGUCAACCUGCUACUAACGAAGGAUUUCUUAUUAUUUUCAUUCUUCUUCAUCGAUGUCUGCAAGGACCACAAGGAAGAAGAAAUACUAUCUAUCCUUGUCGUGAAAUAUUUUCACUAAGGUUGGUAGUUGUAGAAGACUUCAUCCGAUUUUUGAUUAAGACUUUUGUUGAUUAAGACUUUUAGACUUUUAGUAGAAACUCAGACUUAAAAAGAGGCUUAAUAAGUAUAACCAAACUCAGCACGCGUCUCGCCCAGCCUUCACACAAGCAACUAGUACAAGCACAGUUAUGAGGCAGGUCGGGCCUAUCCCUCACCGCCGAACGUCUUCCGCUCGAGCUACGUCCCCUCUACAAUAAGUUCAAUCUCGCCUCGAGGCACUCAUCUUAACAUCAUCGCCGACGUCGUCGCGCAUCUUCGUCCUUAAAACUACUAUCCCAGCUUAUCCCUCUCCGGCAAGACUUAUCUAUCACCCGCCUGCCCUUCAAACUUGGUCGAAUAAAAGGUUCACUACAACAAACAGAAGAGAAUGGUCCCUCAUUUGAUACAUGGACGUCAAGAACGGCCUUAUUUGAACAAUCUAGCUGGGGAACAAGGCACAGAUCGUCGACAUCCACCACAACAUCUGCGUCCUGAACAAGAGCGGACCACAGAGCGAAGAACGUCGAGUCAGGAGCCGCGUCGUUCUUUCUCGAACGAGGAACAUUUUCCGAACGGAAGUAGACACGAAGAUUUAUUCCAAAUAACGGUCGAUUUUCCAGAUAUUAGCUUAGAUACUCCUCGUUUUCCAGGAGACGAGUAUUGUCCAGGAGACGAGACGAUCACGAUGCUGAACGAUUGCUCGAGAGGCGACUAUAUGCUUUUAUGGGCAGACGGCAGGGAGAAAGAAAAUACUACUUCUGGAGUCUAAUUAAAAUAAAUGUCUUAACUACCUCAAGAAUGGGCACACUACUACUACUACUACUGCUACUAUUGAAUGUAAUAAAUAGACUUAGACGGUCUAUUUAGUUUUACUAGACUAUUAUAGACUUCUUCUGACAAGAUGAAGUGAUAUAUUUAUGAUUAAUUACAGACACAAAUAGCUUCCCUAUAAUAUUAUUUGAUUAAGGACAUGAUAGUACCGUAAAUUUUGGGUAAGCUUCUAAGUAUAAUAUCAAUAUAAAAAUAAUAAUGAUAGUACCUCCGUAACCUCCUUCCCUCUGUACAACUUCUAAUAUCCGACCCCGCGGCUCUGGGUCGGCCUCCUCCUGGCCUAUUUGACGAUGAAGAGGAUUUCCAGGAUCCCUAUGACGUGUCAUCCGCUGGACUUUCUUCUGCUCAUGACCAGCACGUUUUCCCAUUCUCGCGCAGCGGAGGUCACGACAACAGUUAAGGCUUUGUUUCUCCGCAUUGAAUGACAUUAGUAGUUAAGUGCAUUGACAUUAGUACCCGACAAGAAUAGUUCUUACCCAAUAAGAAUGAAUGAUUCUUGGCGUUUUUCGAGAACUAGAAAAGAACUAUUGAAGCCGAGAAUGAUGAUCCACCAAGGGAUGCAAAAUCAGAUCCUCCAAUGUUGAAAGCAUUAGCCAAAGCAAGAGUAGCCAUCAUGCGUGCACAUAAAAAGAAUUGCAAACAAAAGGUUAAACCCCAAGGGCAACGAUGAAGACAUGAAGAAAAGACCGUUUCUCCCCUCCCCUCUUCCCUUUUCUUGACGCUUUGCUUACCCCGAGAAUGGGUACACUGCUACUACUCAAAAUAACCGAGUUACUGACUGAAAUAAGGGAGGUAGCUUAAAACAAAGGCUACUCGUCCUUCUCGUCAGUAUCUCGGUUAUUUUCGUCUGUUACUCGCUUAUUUCCGUUUAACGUAACCACCUCUAAAAGAGCAAUACAUCUGCAGGUGGUUCUCUUCAUCAACAUCAUGCUACGUUUUCCCGCAGCAGCGAAUCUUCGCAUCAAGAAAGUGACUCGUCCUCUUCAGGUGCAGCACCGUCGUCUGUUGCGUCGAUGCCACCAUCUUCUAGUUCUACGAUACAAGAAUCAUGCGCGAGUCCUAUCAACAACAACAACAACAACAACAACAACACGGGUGAACAUUCAUCUGGUUCUGGUAAUGGCACUUGUUGUUCCGAUAUUAAUAUUCCACAGUCUUCGUCGCGGUUGCUCCUCUAUCUUCACGCAGCAGGAGACUGUAUUAGAGAAGUGGAGGCGUCGAAACUGAAAUCCUCGGCAUCGAACUUUGGGAGCAAGGUAGAAGUGAAGUAAAGAUCUUCAUCUUUCAUGAGAACCAGUUGUCAUGAUUCGGACAUUGACAGGAGACGAUGUUGAGCACAAGGUGUCUACUCUUAAUCACAAUGGAAAUCUUGCUGACGAGCUACAUCAAGAUGAAGUUCCAUUGCGAAUCACGACGACAGCGAGGACACCCAUUCUUCACCCCCUCGACCUUCAUCAUGUUACAGUGAGUACUCUUCACCUUUCAGCACCACCUCUUCGCGACCUUUGUUCACUUCAGGUAGUGAAAAGUCCUUCCCUUCACCACCUCUUCACGACCUUUGUUCCCCUUCCCCACCACCUCAGGUAGCCAAAAGUCUUACCGAUCUUCAGCAGGGUCUCCGUGACCGGGUUUCGACUGAAACUACCAGAGACCGAUUCGCUGACACAUGGGGGAAACUUGCGAGAUUUCGUGAGGACGUCGAAGCAUCGGGAGCUCGUCGAGAGCUAGUCGCGAAAAUCUCAAGUGCGCAAUUGUAUCUGCAGCAUUUUCAGUUAUGAUGACGGAAAUUGCCAUGAUUUAGUCUCCUGAUCUUCUGCUGAUCCGGCGCUCGCAGGGCGAAGGCAGGAGCCCAUCUAAUUCUAAUUCUAGUAAAUAGUAUUUACUAGUAUUACUAGUAAAUAGUAUUACUUAAAUGAUUAAUUCAUCUUUGUGCUUCUAAUUUGAGAGAAGCUGAGUGAUGUUUUGACCGUCGACGCAGCACUAGCCGCAUUACAGGAGUUGGAGACCAUAGCGACUGAGACAAGAUGGAGUGCUGUGCGGGAUCGAGUGAAUCUGACAUUGGAAUAUGGCAAUACAUAUUAAGUAAUUAAACAUAGCGAUAGCACGUCUUAGUGUCAUAAGUAAUUAAACAUGGCACUACUAGAACCUAGCUACUAGAACAACACUAAGACUCUUCGACUUAGUGUUGUUCUAGUAGUUGUAAUUUCGAUGUGUGAAAGUGACUGGUGCAGCUGUGGUCUUCCCUACUUGAAGGUAAAGGAUUUUUUACUACCUUGUACGCAGAUGAUAGUAGAAGAUCAAUUAUGAGUAAUCAGCGGCGCUCAAAGCACUAAAUCGAGCAACCGGUUCGUUUUUACCUCUAGAGACUUAGCCCUUCCAACAAUUAUGAGUAAUCAUUUGUAAAGGAUAAUACAACUGAUUCUUAUUCUACUUGUUGUAGACCUUCCCUCCACUCCUGCCCUAAUCGUUCACUGUCUCCUCCACGACGGAUUGGGAACGCACCACUUCUUGCAUCGCUAUUGUGAAAGACUUGCGAGAGGAGGUUUUGAGUUCGCCUUCUGCUACAAUCGAACGGAUGCAAACGAAGUUCGAGGCAGCUUUUGACGCCGUCAAGGCUUUACGAGAGUCUGCCUACAAUUACGCUGGAGGUGACCAAGAAGGAGACGCCAAGAACAACUUCCUCGUAGGUGGUGUGUUUGCUGAGAAGAGUGGAGCGGCGUUCAACUAUCUGGUGAAAUUCCAGCAGCGUCUGAACAGUCUACACGCUUUGGAUAGAGCAGUUUUGGCAUUGAAGGAUAUGGCAGAUAUCGUCCAAUCCGUCAGGGCUGAAGGUAACGGUAACAAACAAUCUUCAAUCAUGCUAUUUUCUUGUCAAUAGUAGUAGUUAAUAUUUUGACGACUUUUUUGCUUUGGUCUCCUUGUCCUUAUCUAUCAAUUUUUAGAUUUGCAUUUGCUGUGGGCAACAUCACCAAGAACUUGAAGAACUCCCCAAUCAUUUUUCUCUCAGUCCCCCUUCCCCCUUCUGGAAGUUCUAUCUCCUACUUCAUCUAUCACCGCCUCACCUCCCCCCCAACAAGGUCGCGAGCGUUUUUUGAUGGGCUUGGAAUUCUCCCGUCAGAAAGUCAAGGGUUUGCAAAACGAGUUGAACAAUUUGAGGGAUAUGUCGAGACUUCGAGGAUUCUACGAACACGCGCUAGAAGCUGUGCGGCAACUGGAACACACGCAGAUGGUCAAAACGCAACUGAGGGGAAGCGAACAUUAUGAAGAUGGUGCAAUACUAGUAUAGGCACAAUAUAAAUUAUGUUGAUUAUCAUGAUUACACUUUUCCUGGUUUUUGUUUUUUCCUAGUAAGGUCUGCUCCACCACAAAAAUUAUCAUGAUUACAAUUACUUGCUCAAUGGUGCAAAAAAGAGAACAAUAGAUUAUCACUACAUCAAUUCAGCUAGAUUUCACAAGAUUUUGUUUGUUAUUUCUUUGAGGGGGUAUAAAGGUUUUUGGUUUAUUUCUUCGGUGCAUCUCAUCACUACGUGAAUUCUUGUUCACUUUCAUGUAGUUCACUUCAUUCUCAUUUUUGUUGUUUCAAACACUAAUCAUGUAGAUGACUAAUUCUACACUCUUCAUGUAGAUUAGUAAUUCUCAAUCUUCCAGAAAACACCUCCAUGACCACCUAACCCUAACCGUUGUAAGAAACACGCCAUCUAGAAGUUGCUCAAGUUCUAAGAGCAAGCGUUUUUGCGACAAAAAAUUGCUGAAGCUUUUGCGUCGAUCGAAUCUGUUGUCAAGGAAUCCCGGCAAUCCCUAGACGAGCACGUUUCCCGAGUUACGCUCAACCAAGCACGAGCUGCGCUGUUUCGCGUACUUAAUUUUUUUUAAUCUUUCGUAUGCAUAUCCGUGCGGCCUGGGCCUGGCAGCGGUGUGGUGGACCCUCAGCAUCAGCCUUAAAAACCCGAUCAAAAGUUUUUCUGUUCCUCCCAGUGAGGAUUUUCAACAACCUUUCAUCCACAUCUUCUACAAUCUUAGGUGGGUGCGCAGAUUCCCGAUUUUCCUCGUGAACGACUUCAGCAAGUUUUGUCGCUGUUGGAGACUACUUUGCAGAGUGCUAUCCCUAAGGGCAAAGUCCAAGACAUCUAUCAAGGAGUUAUGGAAGCCUUGGAGGGAUUACGUAACUUUCCCAUAUUCUUGCUUUUUUUACUUCACGCUACCUAGUACUCCUUUGCUCAUGAUCUACCCCCACGCAGCUGAAGGUGGGGGCGAUGCGCUUUCUCUACUAGUGCCCCGCAGCGGCCGCUUAAGUUUGGUUAGCUAUGUAUUGCGAAGGAUUUCUGUUCGACGGAUUCGGCCGUACUCGAGCCGCGGACACGCAGCCGGCUUCCAAAGGAAGCCUGGCGGAUAUGGUUUUGCGGCUAGUUUGCUUGCCCUUUCGCAGUCUUGCGCGGAGACGUUUCGGCCCCCUCGCUCUGGGUUGCAGAGGGUUGCCUUCUUGCGUCCGCGGGAUCGAAUGGGCGGCGUCCGUGUCGGGAAGUCGGCGCGCGAAGAAGUGCGCAGCGCUGGAAACGGGUGGACCCAGCAGACGUGACAGGAGCAAGGAGUUCGCAAGCCUGCUGAGCAAUGCGGCGGCGCUUUCGUUUUGGCCAUGGCUGGCGGGGUGUUCCUCGAAGGGAGGGCGGCGAACCCUACGGGCCGCGGAACUUGGCCUGGAGGAGGGGGCGAAGGAAGGGCGCGCGUUUAUUUUCGGCGCUUGUGUUCGUGCUGGCGGGCUCGACCGCUGGGCACAAGCAGCCCCAAGGAAGAGGCUGAAGAAGGCCGGAACCUUAUGGCAAUAUCCCGCGGGGCUUCGCUGGGUACUUGGAGGCGGCAAUCGACUGCAGAGGGGCCCGCUAGCUCGCCCCAGGGAAUGCCUCGCGUGGCAUUGCUCCCCGGGACGCCGAGUCGCAUGCGGCUCCGUCUCUAACAUCGCGAGCGCUUUGGGAUAACGAUAAUGCCCUUCCUGUGGUCUGUGCCUCUUGGGGCAGGCGCAGUCUAGGGUCCGGGCGAGGGCUUCUGGGAAGCUCGUGGGAGUGACCCACAUCUCCCGGGGGGCUGCUUGGUUAUUCAUUUGCGGGGCUGUCCUCCCGUGCGUCUUUACUUUUUGCGCCUGUCUAGGAGAAGGGGGGGGCGCCGAUGCAUGGCGCCAGUUGUUCAGAUGCAAGGCGUUCUGCAUGCAUUUAGCUGGCAUGUCGCUCAGCUGCUUCGUUUCACUGACUACAACAAGGCUCCGGCGUUUACUCGCAGACGCGCCUCUCGUGGUGCAGUGUGCUGUGGGGGCUACCUGGUGAGACGGUGGAAGGGCACGGUUGGGGGAUGAACGUGGCCCCACGUAUGGGCGGCGCAUGCUUUCGCCGUCGUCGGCAAAGAUUUCCACAGGCCGCCGCCUGGCGGGGGGCUUGGGCUUCAAAGUGGCCCCCCCCCGCUGUCUCAUAUUCGGCGGGUGUAGACAUGCGGGCAGCUGGAGCGCUUCGCUGGAGCCCUUUCCACAACGUGGCUGCCGCUGCCUCUGUUCUCUUCUGUCUUGGAGGGCGCCGGCUUGUUUAUUACCAGCUGGGAGCUCAAGAACCCAAGUUCAGCAAGGCCGGACACAGUGACCAGCUCAGGGCCACGCCAGACUUCGGCACGUCGCUGAUUGUGACACAUGGACCGGAGUGCUUGGGGACGCAUUUAGAACCGCUAAAGACGUGAUGCUAUGGACUUUGCGACCGCAACUGUUAUAGCUUGUGAGGAGGCGAAAGCAUAUAGCUUUAGGAAUAUGCAUCAGCGCCCCCUUGUAAAGCUUAACAAGCGGCUGGACGGCUGACCCAAAGGCAAAUCCCAGGCAGAAGCUCCUCCCGCGUGGUGACAGGAGGCGCCAUGUUAGUCAAAAGGCUCCGGGAGUACAGUCAAGGCGAGGCCUAGGCGGCGUGGGAUGCUUUGCGAUUCUUCUAAGUAUUAUGCCACCCGGGAGCAGUUUGCGCGAUGAGGUUCAAGGCAAGAAAACUUCGGACGAAGCUCGCAACGUCAAGCGGGCCCCUUCUCGGCGUCUCGCACGCGAGGGCCCUCCAAGCAAGAAGCGCAAAACGGGAGGACGCUAUGAGACUACCCGCGAAGCUUGGCUUGCGGGGGAAGGAGGAGAACGGGCGCACAUCCGGGAGGCUCGCUAAAGCUGUCCAGCUGUCAAGUCGAGGAAAGCGAAAGGGAGGACAGGGCGCGCGGCAUUGCUCUGCGGCAAAAAGCUUAGAGCUAGAGGGCCAGCCUGGGCUUUAUGUCGUAGGUGUGACUCACGUGCUUGCGAAUAGCGUAGAACUGAACUAAGCACGAGGGGAAAAGAACCACGCCACCACUGUGCAGCGUGGGCGAAAGCUCCGGCGUCGGUCUGUGUGGCGCACUCGUUUACGGUAGAACAAGAAGAACUGGGCCUGUUUGGUUUGUUUGCUAAACCUGUUGCGGGCGAAACAGUCUUCUUAAACGGGUCGAAACAGAUAACGGUGAGGGUGGGCGAAACUUGUCGGAGCCAGCCCGCCGCCUCUUCUUUGCUCUGGCUUACUUUGUGGGUGCUUCUGUUUCGCGAGAAAAACCACUGAGGACCUUGCGUGCUAGAGCUAGUAAGGCGCAGGCGGUGAACCUUCGGUGGCAUUCUGAAGGGCGGAAGAGCUGGGGGGGCUCGUUGUUUUACGCCGACGCUGGGUGGGAGCAGAGCAGGAGGAGAGGGAAGCGGGCGAGGAGAUGGGGGAAAGGGCUAGCAUCCGCCUGCUGCCCAAGAAAGAGAAAGGCCCCGGCGUCGUGUCAUGCAUAGCUUCCUGGGGGUGACGAACUUGCUCCACACACAUACUAGCGUCCCUUCUCCUUUUGUUGAGUAUGAUGCCUCGCGCAAACAAUGCACAUGCGACGCAGCGCCUACAACUUAGUCGCGUCAACAAGAAUAUCGCGACAGGUGGAGCUAGAAACAAGAAUACUGACGUCAACAGAAGUAGAAAAAGAGUCUUGUUUCCGCUACGCGCUACACAUUUUUCAACUACAACAACAGGUAGCGAGCUCAUCGCACUGUCUUCUUUCGGGGUGCGAUACAGGGUGGCGAUUGACCAGCUUCGUGAAGUUACUGGGAGUCUGCAAAAUCAACUUCUGAGUGCGUGUGUACACGCAACGGUAAACACUUGCGCCUACGCUGAGCGCCGUUUUCCUGGUACUGUGGAACGCGGAUGCAAUUUGCUUCACCGUAGCUUUAAGGCUACCGCUAAAGCAUGUUGUUUACCAAUAUUUAACACCAUAGCGAUCCAGAUUCUGAUCGUUGUUCCAUCAUCUUUUUUUACUUGAAAAAUCGAUGUGACUCUCAAGGAAGACGUCAACUAUUAAGCGGAACAAGUAGCUCUCUCUAAUAGCUGGUCUAGCAUCAAAGCAGUAGAUGACGAGCGCUUUGGAUCAGGCGUUCAGUCGAGAAUCAAAGAAGCGGCUGCAAAACUCGACGCACGCUUUUUGAAUUUAAGGGUGAGAGUGAAGGCUAAUUUAGUGCUUCAUCCAGGAAUUGAAUAACAAGUCUGCUAAUUUACCCCGAGAUUGGGUAUACUACUACUACUACUAACACUAACACUAACACUAACACUAACACUAACACUAACGCCACUACUACUGUCUCUUUAGCAGAUUCACUAGAAAAGUUACUGCUAAUCAAUGGUCAACAUCGAGGACGACUAAAAUGAAAUAUCUACAGCUUCCUCUAAUGACUGGAAAGGGACACGCCACGAUGCAUCGAGUGUGGGAAGACUACAGCGAGGCAGCAUGUGUGAAAAAUAUGCACGCCGCUCAUGGCUCCUAAUCAUCUAUCUUUAAACUAACUACGACUACGAAAUGGACAUUUUGAUUUUAGGAACCACUUUGUAUUACGUGACUUUUUUUGGGCUUGUUUAGGUUCGGGUUGGUUAUGUGUUCAUGUUGAUGGAGCUUGUUUGGGUUCUUGAUUAGUGGAAAAUCCGAUAACUACCAGGAACCUAUGGGGACAUUUUGUGGACUUUGUGUAGGAUCCUCCAGGUUGUAGGGUUGAGUGGUUGCGUGUAUAUUCGAACUGCUGUCUAAUUAGGUUUUCGUAGAGUUGGCUUGUUGGUCUUGGUCUGUGUGGGGUUGGUUGUGUUCAUUGGUGUAGACUGCGGGUUGGCUAGCGUACUUGUAAGGGUCGAUUAGGUUACCGUUUAGGGCUAUUCUUAUUUUUAAUAAGUACUUAGUCGAGGACGCAGGCUUCAUCGACUCUCUGCCAGAAUCGUUGUCUUCUUGUUGUCCUCGUCUUCUUGUUGAAAUUAUAGUACUUAUACAUUCUUCAGAUGAUCAUCGCUUUUAUCGUGUUUGUUAAAAAUCUCGGAAGACGAAAGAGAUCAUGAAAAAACGUCGAGAUGGAGAUGGAGGUGGACUAAUCCACCUAAUGUGCGUGAUUUUCAUGAUUUGUAAACUGCGAUCUUGAUGAUCAUCUUAGAGACUGUAGUCAUCUUAGAGCUUUCAUCACCUGUAAUCAAUAGAGGUUACCUCAUCUACUUACUUAGUACGAAGGGUUGAUGAAGAUGUAGCAAGUGAUGUAGGGGAAUCAAUUUCAGUAGUAAAGGAAUCAAUGUGAACAAGAAUUAUAGAUCAUGUCGUAGGAGCGAUGUAGCAAGGACAAAGAAGCAGGUUGAGGUACUAGCAGAAAGAGAAGAAUAAUGAGAAUAUUCACCUUCAUGUUCACACGGAGGCUCAUUCUCAUCGGUUAACAUAAAGAAUUGGUACCAUUACCUUCCUCCUCCUCACUCCAGUGUGUGCGUUUAUGAUUAGCUUAUCUAACUCCAGCGGGGUCGUAUGUGAAGUUAAACGACCUACAAUCUAAUCCAAUCAUCAUUAUUAUAUAUAUAUAUAUAUAUUUAUAUAUUAGAACAUUUCGUAAGAAGGGUGUUGGAUGGCAUGGCAUGCAUUGCAUGGGCCGAGGGGGUCAGCGUGCGACCUUCUUAAGGGAGCGAGACGGGGGCGAAGACUCAGGGCGCGAAAUAGGGGGGCCGCCGCGUUGUUGUCUGUUUUGCUUCCUGCCUUUGUCUUUGCACAGCCCGCCUUCCUCAUCUUCAGCCACCCCCUUCUCAGUGCGACCGGAGCAUGCAGAGCGCCUGGCGCCUGUCCGCGCUUGUUGUGGCAGUACCUGAAUAGUGCUGGCACGUGCUAGCUAUUGUAAGUAGCUCGACUAGGCUAGCUUGCCUGGGAUCUCGACCGCCGUGCUCACUGUUCUCUUGCGCACACAGGCCACGGCGUUUGCGCUGCUCCUUGCUUGUGUCUGGGGCGGGAUCACAGUGGGGCUGUGGGCUGUGUUCGUGUAUCGUAAAGCAAUUCUCCGGCGGAGCAGCCCGGUACUGCCGAGGAAAUAUGGCGCCCGAAGGGCGCCGCGAAAAAUUUAUUGUUUUUGGGGUGGUCCAUCCAUGCCAUGCAUGCAAUCGAUGCAAUGCAAUCCAGAAGUUCAGAAGUUGCCUAAUAUUCUAAUAUAAUGAAUAUGGAGGAAGAACAAGUGAAAGAGCAGACGUCAUCAAGCUAUUCUCACCCAGGCAGCAUGAUAGAGGACGAUCUUCACGGAAGCAUCUUAUCCUAUCCACCUAACGAAGCAAAGAGGAUGCCGUCCAACCGAAAAACAAACAAGACGCGAAACGUGGAGGGCGCCCUCUUUCCGUGCCGCUUAUCCUAUUUUUAGAAUAGUUUUGGUUACUCGCUCGUUUCAGCUUUAAGCACUUCUAAAAGAAAGAUUUACAACAUACUUCUUGGUACGUGCUGUGUCACGAAGAUAAUUGAUGUGACUGUACUACUCAUCAUCUUCAAGAACUUUGUCAAAAAUUGAAAUUUUUUCGAAUUGUAUUCGACGACCUGUAGAAGUAUGAAUAACCCAACGACCACCUUACUACUGUUUCUGUACUACUAUCUAUCAUGAUGAUUUUGUAACAACAAAAUUAAUUCUUAUCAGCUUCUUACUAGGUUGCACCUCUUCGUAUACAAGCAAUCAAGUAGGACAGAAGAUGAACAUGCUGUCUACAUCUACAUACGACUGUACUUGUUGCAGGUGGAGGUACAGCGAACUACAUAUUUAGAAUUUAUGAUUAGGAACAAUGUACUGCGUCCAAUGUGAGUCUCGCGAGUGAGAACCACGGGUGAGUGGCAAACCGGCGGCCAGUGGUGCAUCAUGAUAGAUAAGAUGCAAGAAAGAUUUGUCGUGUCGACUCGUGGCAAAUGUGCUCAGGUUUGUUGCCACCUCUAGGUUCUUAACAUCAAUUCGUAUUUGAAAUUUUUUUUGAAUUAAGGUUAGACGAGUUGGCUUCAGCACGCGUUUGGCCGUACAUGAUGACGCUUCUUGAAGGUGAACUUUUUUAGCCCCCGACCCUGUGAAUCGCGCCUGGAGUUGCCCAUUUUAACUUGACUUGAGAACUUAUUUUUUGAAGGUUAUAUCGAAGUCCAUCAAAUCUCCAGUACAACUUUUACUCUUCCGGUUGAAUUGCUGCAUUCUUGUUUAUUCAACAAGAGCGUGGGACUAAGCCGGAAACUUGACAACUACAUGAAAUAGAGAGAGCUACCACGUCGACUUCUCCAAAGAAGUAAACGUUUCAGAAGUUACCUAAGAUUGAAAGCUCGUCGUGAAUAUGAAGUUACGAAUUAUGAUGUUGAAAUUUACUCGUGCUACAACUUACUUAAAAGUAUAUACUAGCGGGGGGAGGUCGCCAGGGAAAUCUUAGGCAGACUGCCGAGGAGAUUCGCAUCGUCAUAAAUAUUUAGCAGUUUUUCUACUUUUUCCGGUUCCGCCCUUGUUGUGUAACAAGAAUUCGAUCGUGUGAGGAUUUUCAGUCAGUUGUCGAUUUUCCUAUAACGCCUUUUGAUCAUAAAUGAAACGAUUUUUCCGCAAAUAGCCGUAGUCCUCCUCAACUGUAGAAGUUGCGGCACUAAAAUGACAUACACGCUUUUUUCGGAUAUUCAGAUACAAGAUCUGAUCAUCGUCUUCAUGAAGAUGGCCAUGCGAUUCCUGCUGAGAUGAGAGGACGUGCUUAUAUUAAUAAGGGGCCGCCAGCUUGAGAUUAAGAUGAGGCGUGCUGAUAAAUAAUUGUUUGACUCGGGUAGUUGCUGCGGGACCGACGUCACAAUUGAGAUUCAUCUUGUGCCAAAGUUAUUCUAUAUGUUCGAGCUACUCAGCUGUGGGAAGGUGUAUGUCCCGCGACGCUCAAAGCACACAAAGUAAAUUAGCGGGCUAAUUUUCCUCGAUGCUUGUUCGGAGAUCGUUCGCAGCCCCUAUUUGCAACAUAUGCUGUAGUUAAUCCGUCAAAUCUCCAGGUAUUUAGCGCACAGCGCAACAGAUCUGCUUUUCUUGUUUUCAAAGGAAAGGGCGUUGUCGAUAUUGGCAAUCAUGAUACCCAUAAAAAUGCAAAGGUAAACCUAAUGUAACAUGGACUUCGGGAAGUGGAGAUGGAUCUCGUGGUGUUUGGGAUGGUUGUAAAUAGACUGCCUGUGCUGGAAGAAGUCCGCGCUGUUCACCUUAAUGUAGUCAAUGUUUUAAUGAAGGAACAUACAGAUACAUAAUUCUAAUUCUUCUAUUUUUCCUAGUUUUUUUUCCUGUAUCUUCUUCUAACUAUGGCAUGACCACGAGAAAAUGGUUACAUAAUUUUUUAACUUUGCUGGACUUCAACUUCUACUACCUGACAAUCCUUCUCGAGCAUAUGAUGAAAUGACAUUGGGUUGAUAAAUUUAUAUGCUCGUUGCUGAUUGUUUUUCAUCUCAUUUUCAUUCUUAUAUCGUUUUCCUUAAUCUACUCCCUUCCAAGUCCUCGUGCUAUUGGUGUGAUUAACCACAAGCAGAAUGUUGACUGGUCGAGUCUUGUACGGAGAAAUAUGCAUCAUGAUGAUGCUGGUUUUCAACGUCCGCAUGAAGCGUAAUCUAUGGCCGUUUGUCACGACCGUGUGAACAAAGUGACAAGGAAUUACGAGGAAUGAAAAGGUGUGGUUGUUGUUCGCCUCUCCCCCCCGGUUUCUUCUUCUGGUCCGCUCAGUCCAAACCCCUUCCUUUCGGCCGAAGCGUGGACCAAACAAGC